GUAAACUGCAACAUUCAGUCCGACAAUUAAUAGUGGAAAGAUUCAAAGGGUUGUAGCUUCCAGAGUAGAGAAUAAUAGGACCGAGUCGGCUCCUUGUAUAUUUCCAGUGAACAUAUAUAAUUCUACCGAGUGGAGAAGAAUAUAGGACCGAGUCGGAUCCUUACUUAUUUCCAGAAAACAUAGCAUUUUUCUUAACCCAAUGUCACGCACGCAACCUCCGAUCCGGUGAACAUAAUUAAUUUCUACGAAGCAAAGUCGAAGCUGCUUGGAAACAAACCAAUGCAACCAACCAAAUUGCUCUCUCUCUCUCUCUCUCUCUCUCUCUCCAUAAAUGGAGGCUCGUGUUGGCCGAAGUUAAUGCGGUAGAGCAAAUGGCAGAAGUCAUAUUAGAGAUAACUCUGGGAGAGGUGGCCAGAAAUCUUUUAGAAGCUGUAAGAGAGACCAAAGAGAGAGCCAUUAGGUUUAAACCCUUGCUCGUAGACCUCGAAAGCACAGUCAAAAUUCUAAUUCCCAAGAUCACUAGGAUCGAACAGUUAAGCCAAGAGUUGGGAGAGUCGCCCAAGGAUGAAAUCCAGAAGUUGAAACGACUGCUGGAUGAUGCGAAGCAGCUUGUUUCCAAGUGCUCGGAGAUAGCUUGCUGGGAUUUCUGCCGAAGGGACAGGUACUCCAAGAAGCUCCAUCAACUGCAAGCUGCACUUCGCUGGCUGAUUGAUGUUGAACUUCCGGUCGGGCAAUCAGAGGAUCUUAUGCGGAUCCUGGUUGAGGUAGAGCGCAUUCGUCAAACCCAUAUUGCUGCGUGUUCUCCGUUUCAGAUAUUGAAUCCGGGUAGAAGUCUCCAUCCAAUUGGUUUGGGUGAUCAUCAUCAGAGACCUGUUGAUAAUGAUGGUAUUCCCAGAAAGGAGUUGCCUGUGGUUUCUGGGUUCAAGAGGAAUUGGAUCGUUUCGCUUUUGAGUUUUUUCCGUUGGUUUCCCGGCACACUGUUUCCCAGAUACAGAAAUGUGUAAGGUAUUGAAUACAUACAAGUGUUUCAUUUUUCUGGUGUAAAGGUUGUAGGAACUACAACCUAGUUUGUAGAAAAUUUAUAAAUUUAUGUCCAUAAGCUUUUGAUUGAUUAGUAAAUUUCAUAUUGAAUUAAUAUGAAAUUUAGCAUGUACCAUUGGUUUAAUAAAAUGUUAAUUUAAUUGAAAGUCGAUUUAAUAAAGAUUACAAUCA